AUGUCCAUACAGUUGCGUGAUGGGUUAGCGAAUUCAUCGCUAGAUCUAGCCGUAGAGGAUUUACUCGUGAGGUUUUUAGUCAAUGUUCCACCGGAAGAUUUAUCAUCGAUUGAAAGAGUAUUCUUUCAAGUUGAAGAAGCUCAAUGGUUUUAUACUGAUUUCUUAAGACAAUUAAACCCUCUGUUACCCAGUAUGAAGAUGAAAGGGUUCUGUUCCGCCUUCUUAACUAAAUGUCCUUUGAUUUGGAAAUGGGGUGAUCCAUCUGAAGCGAUUUCAAGAUUUGGGAAAUAUAAAUCAAUCAUCCCUGUAAGAGGAAUUGCUCUUUUUAAUAAAGAUUUAACUAAAGCGAUUUUGGUGAAAGGAACAGAAUCAAAUACUUGGUCAUUUCCAAGAGGAAAAAUAUCAAAAGAUGAACAAGAUCUAGAUUGUGCCAUAAGAGAAGUUAAAGAAGAAACAAGCUUUGAUGCUACUGAUUAUGUUAAUGAAAAUGAUGUUAUAGAACGUACUAUUCAUGGAAAGAAUUUUAAGAUUUAUUUAGCAAGAAAUGUUCCUGAAGAUUUUGAUUUCCAACCUUUAGUAAGAAAUGAAAUUAGAGAAAUUAAAUGGCAUGAUAUUCAAUCAUUAUCAAAAAGUAUUAAAGUUAAACCAAAUAAUUAUUUCGUAGUAUCGUCCAUUAUAAAACCAUUAACUAAAUGGAUUAAUAAGAAUAGAGGUGUAUUCAAUGAAGAAGAAUUAAUGUUAAAGGCCGAAGUUGGUUUGAAACAAUUAUUAGGCAUUACGGAUAAUGCCUCUCAAACUAAUGCUGAUUUAGGAAGAGAAUUAUUAAAUAUCUUACAACAUGUUAAACCAAAGGAAGAUGGUGAAUCUCAAGAUGUAGUACCUAUCCCAGGUGGUAUACCUCCUCCCCAACAAAAUUUCGUUCAAUUUGCUCUUCCUCAACAUGUUCAAAAUCAAAUUCCAUUUUUUGUCCCUCCUCCAAAUUAUCAAUUCUAUAACCCUGGUCCUAUGCUUCCUCCAAUGGGAGGUAUGUAUCCUCCAUUCCCACCUAUCAUUACUCCAAUCCCAACUCCAGCUCAAAUGAUCCCUCUUAAUGAAGUCACUCCAAAUGCCAAUUAUGUUUCUCAACAACCAAAUCCAAGUUCGUUACAAAAACCUAGGGAAAUAGGUAAAUCAUCCGAAUCAAAUCCAAGAGAAUUAUUAUCCCUUCUUAAUUCCAAAACUAAGGAAAAACCGGAACCAACUUCUAGUUCGAGUGUUCCUUCUUCCGCAGGUAAAGAUAUCAUGGGUCUUUUAUCUAAACCUAGUUCUAAACCUGAAGCUGAUAGUCGAAGCAUCCUUAAUAUUUUAAAUAAGAAGAGUUCCUCAUCAAGUGAAGGUAAUGGUAUUUUAAAUACGAUUAAUGGUCACGGUUCGUCAAUUCCUCUGAAUGAACUCGAACAAUCUCAAAGGGAUUCUUCAAGUAUACAACAACCAUCCUCAUCAGGGAAGAAAAUUACUAUUUUAAAAAGAUCUUCUGAUCAACCUCCACCAUCCCAAUCACAACCCUCUAAAAAUCAUUUAUUGAGUUUGAUAGGUAAUCCUCAAUCUAAAAAAGUCGAACCUCCAAAACAGACUCAACCUGAAAUUAAUCAUACUAAUGCUGCUCCUUCACAACAUUCGAAGAAUCUCCUUGACUUAUUAAAACCAAGUCCUCAACCAAGUAAUACAACUACUGCUGCUCCUUCUACUACUUCCAUAACCACCGCUACAACUGUUCCAGUAGCGCCAAAAGCUAUUGAUGUGAAUAACGCCUCCAAGGAUCUUCUCGGCAUGUUGCAUAAGACUACUUCAUCAGCAGUAUCAACACCAGUUGUUCCACUUCUUCCAUCUCAAAAUUCUGAGGGUUCUCAACAUGGAAAGAAUUUAUUAUCAUUAUUACAUAAGACUAAAUCAUCAGAAGUUCCAGUGGCUGAAUCAAAUUCACCAAAUCAAUUCCUUAAUUUACUUUCACUGAAACGAACUUCAGUAUCUCAAGUACCUAAUGAUAAUUCAAAACCUCAAAGUCCAAAUAAGCAUUCUACUCAAUUAUUAGGAUUAUUAAGUAAACCUACUUCAGCACCAAUUCCAGCUCCAGCUUCAGUGCCAGCUCCAGUGCCAGUACCGGUCGUUGAAGAUAAUCAAGUUGAAUUUGAAGAUUUUGAGGAUUUUGAAGAUUUUAACGACUUUGACGCCUUAAAUAAAGAAAUAUUAGGAAAAUCUAGUUUCCGUAGUUUUGAUAUCGAAAGUGAUGAAGAAGAUGUUGAUCAUUUAAUCGAUUCAUAUGUUCCUAAAAGUAAUACCACUCAAGAAAUAGGAUAUACUCAACCAAGAGAUUUUUUCAUCGAAUCAAAAGUUGAACCCAAAGGUGGAAAAGUAAGACUUUUGAAACCUGGUGAAUCAUUAAAUGGACUUUUCAGUUCACCAGAUAAGAAUAAUCUCACUAAUACUGGUUCAACUGCUGCUUCCAAACUGAAUUCUCAAGGUCAAAAUUUAUUAGCAUUAUUAAACAAUAAGAAUGGUGGUUCAGGUAAUCAAUCAUCUUCCAAUAAACCUUCACAAUCAGGUGGAUUUCAAUCUAUUUAUUCAUCAGAAGUGAAUUCACCAUCUCCUAUUUCCCUAGGAAAACCAGGACUGAGUAUUAAUAAUCAAGAUGGUAAUAAAAUUUUAAAAGAUUUACUUUGGAAAAGGGAUCCAUAA